CCGGGGCGCCCCGCGAGCCCACCGACCCAGCAGCCCGCACCGGAGGAGGAGCGAGGCGGCGGCGGCGGCGGAGGCGCCCGGCUCGGCCCGCUGGACGGUGGCGGAGGAGGCGGCGGGGUUGGUGGCGCUGGGGGGGGGGGGGCGACUGAGGAGGCGCCAGGAUGCCCCGCGGGUUCCUGGUGAAGCGCAGCCGCCGCCCCGCGCCCCUCUCCUACCGCGCCCGCUGCUGCUGCCCGCAGCCCGGAGGGGACCCCCCGCAGCUGCUGGGCUUCCUGGGCCCGCCGGCCGGCCCGCCCCCGUCCUGCUGCCCGCCGUCCUUCGGCACCCCCGACGGCCCCGCCGCGCCCGCCGCCGCCCUGCACAGCCCCGCCGCGCGCGCCCUCCUGGGCAGCCAGGGCCCGGCCCUCCUCCGCUCGCCCGCCUCCGCCGAGUCCUUCCCGGCGCCUGAGCCGCCGCCGCUGCUGCCCCCGCCGCCCGCCGCGCUCGGCCCCGCCGGGGAGCUCCGUCUCUGGGCCGCCGCCACCCCGGGCCCGCCGCCGCCGCCCCCGCCCGCCUCCACGCGCAGCAGCCCGGCCUGCAAGCGGCCCCCGGGGGCCAGGAAGGCCAAGGCGGCGCGCAGGCUCCACUUCGCCGACGAGGUGACCACGUCCCCGGUGCUGGGGCUGCGCAUCAAGGACGAGCGGGAGGACGACGGCGGACCCGCCCCGCCCGACGGCGCCCCCGCCCCGCAGCAGCAGCAACAGCCGCCCUCCGGAGCAGCAGCGGGAUCGGGGCCGCCUUUGCCCGCCGCGCCGCCUUUGCCGCCGCCGCCGCCGCUGGGCGAGUUCAUCUGCCAGCUGUGCAAGGAGCGCUACGCGGACCCGCUGGGCCUGGCGCAGCACCGCUGCUCGCGGAUCGUGCGCGUCGAGUACCGCUGCCCCGAGUGCGACAAGCUCUUCAGCUGCCCCGCCAACCUGGCCUCGCACCGCCGCUGGCACAAGCCCCGCCCGCCCAAGGAGCCGCCCGCCCCGACGCCGCCGGACCCGCGCCGCCCGCCCAGCCCCGAGGAGCCCCGGCCGGUAGACCUGGCCUGCCCGCGCGGCCCCAAGCCCCGACGGCGCCCCCACGCCGCCGCCGCCGCCGCCCCGCGCAAGCCCCUGCAGCCGCCGACCCAGGCAGCGCCGGAGGAGGAAGAAGAGGAGGAGGAGGCGUCGGGCGAGGGGGGCCACCCGUGCCCGGUGUGCGGCGAGGCCUUUGCCAGCCCGAGCGGCCAAGAGCGGCACCUGCGCCUCCUCCACGCCGCCGCCGCCGGCUCCGCGCAGCCUUUCCCGUGCAAGCACUGCGCCGCCACCUUCUACAGCUCGCCCGGCCUGACGCGCCACAUCAACAAGUGCCACCCGUCCGAGAACCGCCAGGUCGUCCUGCUCCAGCUGCCCCUGCGGCCCGCCUGCUAGGCACGGACUCGGCGCCCCGCGGGUUCGAGCCCCCCGCGCCCCACUUCGAUUAGCUUUACCAGGCGCUGCGGAGCGCCGCCCGCACAGCCGCCCAUGCCUUGACUUGCGCGUCGCUCUCGCCCGCGACGGGGGGACGAGACGACGACGACGACGACGACGCUGCAGCAGCUGCCUUAAUGCCCGGAGGGAGGGAGGAAGGGGCCGCCCGCUCGGAAGGAGACCCCCCACCCCCCACCCCCCCCCCCGGUCGACGCUUUAGGUGUACCUGUUGGGUUAUUUAUUGGUUAUUUAUUCUUAUUCUUAUUGAUGAUGAUGAUGAUGAUUCGGGUGUUCCUUUUGUGUUCGACGUGCUUGGCCUCUCCGGCCCUCCUGCCUUCCUGCCCGCCGCGCGUUCGGGGACCCUUUUUCUUUGUCCCCUCCUCCCUCCCCAAGGGGGCCAGCCGAGAAGGGUCGCCCUUUUCCUGCCUAGAACAAGAAGCAGGCCCCCAACGCCGGCCCUGCGAGGCAGGCCGCCUUUUUCUACACACAUUAUUUUCUUACUUACCUGUGAGCUCUUUCUAGGUGCUUCAUAGAACUGUUUUGAGCUGUAUGACGAUUUCCUAUUCAAAUAAACAUAUUUUCCAAGGCAAAA